AUGGAACUCCAAACUCUGCAGAGCCUCCAGCUGGCAUGGUCUGCCCUGGGAUAUAUGACCUGUUUGUCCCCGGUCCUUGCAGCAAAUGCAGAAGACAUGAGAUACCUGGGUCAGAGGCAAGGGUCUGUUAUGGUCAAAAGGUGUAGCCAGUGCUUCCUGUUUGACUUCAUCCGCAGGCUUCCUAAGGCCCGAGGGUCCAUGCUGGAAUCUGCCCAGCAGCAGGCUGCAUCUUGGGAGGAGAGCACCAAGCACACAUUAACAGUGGACUUUCCCAUCCCCCAGCAGGGGGCCACGCGGGUCGUGGGGUGGAGCCUGGGUGAAGCUGUCCUCCCUGGCUGGGAGCCCCCAUUCUCUGUCUUCACCAUGCUGGUGGUAACGCUGCUGGCACUGCUGAUCGCUGCCACUUUCUUGUGGAAUCUGCUGGUACUGGUCACCAUCCUGCGUGUCUGCACCUUCCAUCGUGUGCCCCACAACCUCCUGGGCUUGACGGCCAUCUCGGACGCGAUAGUGGCAGCCAUGGUGAUGCCACUGAGUAUGGUGAGCGAUCUGUCGGCGGGGAGGCGGUGGCGUCUGGGCCGAAGCCUGUGUCACAUGUGGAUCUCUCUCGACAUGCUGUGCUGCACCGCCAGCAUCUGGAACAUGGUGGCCAUCGCCCUGGACCGGUACUGGACCAUCACGCCCCACCUGCAGUACUCGCUGCGAGCCUGCUCCUGCUACCGCGCCUUGACGCUCAUGAUCGCGCUCACCUGGGCCCUGGUGGCGCUCAUCGCCGCCCCACUGCUCUUCGGCUGGGGCAAGGUGUACGACUUGGGGCUCCAGCGGUGCCAGGUGAGCCAGGAACCCUUAGACGCCGUCUUCUCCACCUGUGGCAACCUUUACCUGCAGCUUGGCAUCGUGUUGUUCGUCUACUGGAAGACCUCCAAGGCGGCCAAAGUUUGUUGUUUCGGUCGCCUCUGCAGACGGGCUGUGCUGCCAUUGCCCGCCACCGUGCAGGACUGUGAUUGGCUAGAAUUAGACUUGGUCUAG